UGUAUCCUCCAUUAUCACCACAUUCACCUCUCUCACCUACACACACUCUCUUUCUCUCUCUAAAACCCACACACACUCUCUCUCUCUCUCUAAAGCACCCACACCACUUUCUCGAAUCCCAUCUUUCUGCAAAACUUCACACAAAUUCACACCUCAAAACACCCACACUUUCUUCUUUCUUUCACCCUUGUGUUUUUCAUAAAAAAUGGGUAGCAGAAUUCCAUCACACCAGCUCAGCAACGGCCUAUACGUAUCGGGUCGACCCGAACACCACAAAGAACGCCCACCCACACUCGCCUCACGCGCCGUCCCCUACACCGGCGGCGACGUCAAAAACUCCGGCGAACUCGGUAAAAUGUUCGACAUACCCGUUUCCGACCACCUUAAACCCCACCGCCCUUCAUCUUCCUCCGGAUCCUUCCGAUCCGGGUCGGGUCCCAACUCCGGGUCGGGCCCCAUUUCCAAAAGAACAUCCGGGUCAGGCCCAAUUUCCGGCCUUCACCCAACCGGGCUGCUGUUAACCUCCGGUCCAGUCGGAUCCAGUGUCGGCCGGAGAUCCGGUCAGUCCGGGCAGGUGGAGGGGCAGGCAGUGAAUAGUGCUAAAGGGAAGACGGUUUAUGGGCCUGCGGUUACGGUGUUGGGGUUUGAUGAUGUUAAGGUUGGGUUUAAGGUUUCGAAAACGUUAAUGUGGAUGUUGUUGGUGGUUGUGGUGAUUGGGUUGAUGGUGGGAACGUUUUUAAUGGUGGCGGUGAAGAAACCGUUGAUUCUUGUGUCGGUUGUUGCGGUUUUGGUGUUGGGUGGUGUUGUGGUUAUGUGGAAUUGUGGGUGUAGGAAGAGGAGAUUGAUGUCGUUUUUACGAAAAUACCCCGAUGCUGAGCUUCGAGGCGCUGUCGAUGGCCAGUUCGUUAAGGUCACCGGGAUUGUGACGUGUGGUAGUAUUCCGCUUGAAUCGUCGUUCCAGAAAGUAGCGAGGUGUGUGUAUGUUUCUACGGAGUUGUAUGAGUACAAAGGGUGGGGUGGAAGAUCGGCGAAUCCUAAGCACCGCUGCUUCUCUUGGGGAUGCAGGAAUUCCGAGAAAUACGUGGCUGAUUUUUACAUAUCGGACUUCCAGUCUGGGUUAAGGGCGGUGGUGAAAGCAGGUUACGGAGCCAAGGUAGCUCCCUUUGUUAAAGAAACAACGGUGGUUGACAUAACCAAGGAAAACUUAGAUUCAAAUCCGAGUUUUGUAACUUGGCUCGCAGACCGCAGUUUGUCAUCUGAUGACCGCGUUAUGCGCCUUAAAGAAGGAUACAUCAAAGAGGGGAGUACAGUUAGUGUGAUGGGGGUUGUAAGGCGACAUGAUAACGUACUGAUGAUCGUUCCACCAACCGAACCGAUUUCCACUGGCUGCCAGUGGAGCUGCGGUCUUUUCCCCACCUACGUCGAAGGUCUUGUGUUGACUUGUGAUGAAAGUCAAAACGAUGAUGUAAUACCUGUCUAAAGCAGGAUUUAAUUCCCAAUUCAACUUUUUAAGAGCUUGCCCAUGCAGAAUAUUUAUGUAAAAAGUGGAAGCAAGAAUAGCUAGCUGCUAAUGAGAGCUCGCUCCAACUCAUAAGUGUGUGAUGGUGAUGAGGUUCGGCCGUUUGGUCAAGUAUUCAGGUAAAACGUAUGUAUAGAUGUUGGAAAAGAAGUUACUUAUAAAUGUCGCUCGCUCUGUAUUUCUUGUAUUUUGUUAAUGGUAUAAUGCAAAAGCAUCAUCAGCCAACCCAAACCUUUGUGUUUAAUGAAUAAUGUCGUUGGCGUUCAUAAUGAAACAAAAUUUACCAAAUCUGCAGCAGAUGAAUUGGUAUUCUUAGUUUUUGAUUUUGUAAUUCA